ACGGAGACCGUAACAGAAGUUAGACGGAGGUAUCAAAAGCCAUACUUUUAGAAUUUGAUAGGUGCAAAAAUAAAAUAAAAUUUUAGAUGGGUACUAAAAGUCCGCAAAGGCCAUUUUCGAAAAGUCAAAAUUUCCUAAAUUCGAGUCAAUAUUAAUUGCAAGCUGUGAACUGGGUCUAUACUACAGUUCACAUCCUCAAAAGCACAAUCGAUUUCGUCUAUCGUGUAUUCGUGUUACUCCCUUCCACCCCAAAAACUCUGCAUUUGCACACACUAAUUCAUCAACAUAAAAAAGAGAGAAACAAAGAGAGCGCCAAAGAGAAGAACAGCAAACAACCCCAGAAAAAUGGGGUUAAAAAUCAUCGAGCCAAACACUUGCAUAAGAGGAUGUUGUCACAGUAAUUCCAUCCCUCUUCAUCUCCCACCUUCUUCAUUUUCUCUCUCUUCCCCAAUUGCUCGAGGGAGUGAGAGUGUUGUAUAUGAAGGAAGUUUGGAUGGUCGGAAAGUUGCAAUUAAAAAGCCCAUUUUGUCAACUUCUGAUGAUAUUGAUAGAUUUCAUAAACAAUUGCAGUUGUUAUGCAAACUGGAUCAUCCGGGACUCGGGAGGUUAAUUGCAGCUCACGCGAAGCCACCCAAUUACAUGUUCUUUUUUGAAUUCUAUGAGUUGGGUAGUCUUGCUCAUAAGCUACAUGUAGAGGAGUGGGUCCCAAGUGUUGAUCAGGCUCUUGCUAUCACUCUUGAGCUAGCGGAGACUUUGCAGUAUCUACACAAUCUUGGGAUUGUACACAGGGAUGUCAAACCUGACAAUAUUCUUCUAGGAGAAAAUCUUUCUCCACACCUAGCAGAUUUUGGCUUGGCAGAGUAUGGCAAAGAUCUUAAAAAAUCUUCUUUACUGAACUGGAAAUCAUCUGGAAAGCCGACUGGAGGAUUUCACAAGAAAAAUAUGGUUGGGACUCUUAUUUAUAUGGCUCCUGAAAUUCUGAAGAAGGAGAUACACACUGAAAAAUCAGAUGUCUACAGUUUUGCAGUAUCAGUCAAUGAGCUUCUUGCGGGGGUAGUUCCGUACACUGAUGUUCGUGCAGAAGCUGAGGCCCAUACUGUGUUAGAAAUGAACUAUACAGAGCAGAAACUCAUCGCAGCAGUGGUGUCUGAUGGGCUACGUCCUGUUUUGGCUGAUUCUGAAUCAGGUGCACCUUCGAGUUUAUUGUCAUUGAUUCAGCGAUGCUGGGAUGCUGAUCCCAACAGUAGGCCUUCUUUCACAGUUGUGGUUUCUGAGCUUAAAUCAAUUUGUGAUGAGGUCAAAAACAUGGUGGAAAAGAAAAAUAUAUCUGUUGAACGUACAGCUUCUCAACAAUUCAUGGGGCAGACCUCCAACUCUAAACUUUAUGGAGAGAGUAUUAACUGGUCUAAUCAGGGGGCAGAAAUCUCCAAAAAGAUUUAUCUUUGUGUGACUUCUAGAACUCCAGCUUCAUUUGAUUAUCCAAAUGAUAUAUCCUCUUACAAUCCAGUGCUGUCUUACGGCUCCUUUGCUGCAUGUGGACAAAGGGAGACAAUGGAAGAUACUCAUUUCCUAAAUCCAUGGCUUUGUGAUCAGAAGAAUAUCUACUUUUUUGGUGUCUUUGAUGGUCAUCGAGGUGCUGCUGCUGCUGAAUUUUCUGCUCAAGCUUUACCAAAAUUACUUCAGAGUUCCCAUUCCAGUGGCGCCAGCCCUGCUGAGUCUCUUGUAAGAGCAUUUGUUGAAACUGAUAUUGAAUUUAGAAGUGCACUGGAUUCCCAUUGUAAAUCAAAGGGUUUAAUAAAGAAAGAUUAUCAUCCUGGCUGUACAGCAAUAGCUGCUUUUCUUGUCAAAAAUAAGCUUUACAUUGCAAAUGCCGGGGACUGUAGAGCUAUUUUGUGUAGGGUUGGCCAUGCUGUUGCUCUAAGCAGGGAUCAUGUUGCUAGCUGCCCGGAGGAGAGAGAUCGCAUAAUUAAGGCAGGGGGAGUUGUGAAAUGGCAAUUGGAUACAUGGAGGGUCGGUGCAGCAGCUCUUCAGGUUACACGCUCCAUUGGUGAUGAUGAUCUUAAACCUGCCGUGACUGCAGAACCUGAGAUUACAGAGACAGGUUUAUCUUUAGAAGAUGAAUACCUGGUCAUGGCUAGUGACGGAUUAUGGGAUGUGAUAAGCAAUCAAGAAGUUGUGAGCAUAAUUAGGGACACAGUUAAAGAACCUAGUAUGUGCUCUAAAAGAUUAGCAACAGAAGCUGUACAACGCGGAAGCAAGGACAACAUCACGGUGAUCGUGGUGUUUCUGCGUCCAGUCUCUACUGCUGAGAGGAUAUAUUAGCCCAAAUGCUCAUUUUGUCAGUUGCUCCCUUGUUGAUGGACUAUGCAGUGUUUCCUGGCAAAUUAUCCUUUUCGGUAACAUCUUUGACAUCGUGUUCUUCGCAUUUAUGCAUCGAGCUUGUUGGAACUGUGAAAAUUUGCUGAUGGCUGAGGACUGGGGCUAUGAGAUGAUGAUGAAGCGAAAACAUUUGAUGAUAUUCAAUUUGUUGUUUUAUAGAGACGAGAUGGUUUAGGAGCUAGGCGUUCUGAAGACAAUGCAAAGAGAAACAUAUCUUCAGUUUACUAGCAUUUUGCUAAAGUGGUAUAAAUGUAUAAUAGGUAGUUGGUUUAUCUUUUCUAUGAUGAUAAACUUGUCCGCAUAUUGUUCUCCAUAAAAUGGAGAAAGCUUUGGUUGUAUACUUGUACUACGCGAUUGGUUGUACAUUAAAAAAUUAUUUCACCAAGUAUCCUUUAAAAUUGAAAUUAAACUUCCAUUAUUUGAAUUUAGCAAU